AUGAUGGGUGGAUCUGGAUCUGAAGGCCUUUCGUCGACGUUGUCCUCGACUUCAAGGGUAUCAAUUGAAGCGAAGCGUCCGACUACUUCCACAGCUUCAACGUCGCAGCCUCAGACUUCGAGAAUAACACCAGCUCAAUUAACUGGCAGCGUGUUUCUCAUUUCUUCUAAAGGAAAGACAUUGAAUCUUCCCAUUCCGGCGAAGUCUCCCCACGAUCCGCUGAAUUGGACCGCCCGAAAGAGACUGGUCUCGUUCCUUGUCCUGCUGGUCUUUGCAACGGUGCCACUGUUGACGAUACUGGGGCCCAGUGUCAUGUUCGAGGCGCUUGCAAAGGACCUUGGACCAGAUGCGACAGUUCCAUUUGAUAUCACACUAUUGCUUUCGGCCCCUUCGCUGUUCCAAGGCAUGUCAGCUUUCCUCUGGAUUCCGCUAUCGCUGGCUGUGGGGAGGAGACCUUCACUGCUUCUUGCAGCCUUCGUACUGGUCGUUGCGACGAUCUGGGCUGCUGUAUCGACCACAUUCUGGUCGCUUUUGGCGGCGCUUAGUCUCGUGGGGACGGUCCAAGGUGCCAUGAUGAGUCUCGUGCCAGUCAUUGUCAUCGACCUCACUUUCAUCCACCAACGACCCCAAGCAAUCGCCAUGAUCUGGUCGGUCGUAGGAACCGUAGGUCCUGCACUCUUAUCACUGUACCAUGCUGUCAACCCAAGAUCACAAUGGCGGCAAUUUUACUAUAUAAGCAUUAUACUCAGCACCGUUUCCUUCAUGCUCGUCUAUUUCCUCUUCACUGAGACCUAUUUUACUCGUCCGACCGUCGCCUUCGAUGGACACAUUAUAGUACAGAACUCCACAGAAGACAUAAAGAUCUAUAGUACAUGGGAGUCUGUCCCCGGUGCUGUUGGGGCGCGCGACCUUCCCGACUUGCCUGGUCAAGGAGUAUGGAGAUGGUCAACAAAGGAGCUAAAGCUCUGGGGCAAGACGCCUGGUGGAUGGAAGGCCAUGUUUGCAUGCUAUCCUCAGAUUCUUCUCUGUCUGCUCAACCCACUCUUGUUCUGGGUGACAUUACUACAAGCUGCUAUAUUCGGAAGCAUGGUAUCCCUCGCGCAGACAUAUGCACACAUCCUCCGCUCAGAACCCUACAAUUUCCCUCCCCACGUCAUCAACCUCGUCAAUAUAGCACGCGCGAUCGGAUCAGCGCUUGCGUGGCCUGCUGCUGGGUUGAUGGUUGCGCAUAUUAUGAAGAAGUUGGCGAUGAGUAAUAGAGGUGUGAGGGAUGCGGAGCAUUAUCUCUCUGCGUUUGUGCUACCAAUUUUUACGGGUGCUGCCAGCGUGAUUCUUUAUGGUUUGACCGCACAGCACCAGUGGCAUUGGAUUUGGAUAUAUGUGGCGACUGUGUUGAAUGCUUUUAGUUUUGCGGCGAUGGCAACGGCAAGUACGCUGUGGAUCACAGAGGCUUUCCCACGCUGGGCAGCGCCAGCGAUGGUAGCGGUCAGUGGCGUCAGCUAUAUCGCCAGUUUUGGUAUAAGUUGCAGUAUUAUGCCCUGGGUGGAAUCCCAAGGUUUUUCCAAUGCCAAUAUGGAGUUGGCAUGUAUCAUUCUGGGUGUCGGCCUGAUUGCUGUUCCGAUUGCUUUCUGGGGGAAGAAACUGAGGCAGUACAUUGAUGGAAAGUGGGCGCUUAAUGAGAUGGGGGCAUUGAGGCCACAGUAA